AUGCAUCUUGGUACUCUCAAUCUCACAGCGCUCCUCUUGGAACUCUUCCGUGGUACAAUACAGUGUGCAGCAACUGAUGAUCGGGCCAAGUGGGAUUGGGCCAUGCUCGUUGGUGAUGCCUGGGAGGCCCAUGGGUCAUUGGUCGCUGGUGCUCAUCCCUAUCUUCCUGGUUGCUAUGACCGUGCUCCAAGAAAUCCUGCUGAGAAGAUCAACAGCGGCUACAAGUCUUGGGAGUACCUUAUCUAUGUCUUCGUCCUUGGUCCAGCCGUAUUCCGACCCUGGGUUCCGGCUAAAUACUGGACACACUUUUGCAAACUAGUUGCAGUGAUGCGGCGCUUUUUCCAGCGAAAGAUCUCUCGGCUUCAGCUACUACAGGCCCGCCGUCUCGUACUUGAAUAUGUUGUCGAAUUCGAACUGCUUUACUGUCGGCGCCGAGCGGAUCGAAUUCAUUUCGUUCGCCCUGUCGUACACGGUCUCAUACACUUACCAGAACAAGUCACCCUCAAAGGACCUCUGCCCGGACACUCGCAAUACGUUAUGGAGCGGACGAUCGGCAAUCUAGGAGAAGAGAUCAAGCAAGAUUCCCGUGCAUAUGCGAAUCUCUCUGAGCGGGCGCUGUAUCGAUGCCAGGCUAACACGAUGAAGGCCAUUCUUCCGGAGCUCGCCCCCGAUUCAUAUUGCCUUCCUCGCGGAGCUAUAGAUCUCGGCAAUGGUUAUAUUCUCCUUCGCGCAUUGGACCACACUGCACGCUCUAUCACGUCCAGUGAAGAACGAGCCCUCCAAAUCUUCAUCGAUGAGAGGACUGCUGGGUCUGGGAUCAGUGACUGUCGGGGCAUACGGGUGCAUCGAUGGGCUAGGUUGCGCCUCCCCUGUGGUCAAACUGCACGAUCCCUGUGGAAAGAAGGCAAGAAACCAUUAAGCGACGUGCGCAUGUCCCGGAAUGUCAAGGUUUAUCUGGAUGGCUGCUUUCGAUACGGCGAAGUGCAGUACUACAUCAUGAUGAAAAGCGGUGGAGAGACCAUCGGCCUCGCUAUGAUUUCCCUCCUAUCGCCACCAGAUGCCGAGCUUUUGACCCGCUCGCAUGGGACAUUGUACGCAUGCACGCACGGUGGACAGGACUCACUGAUUGUCACCUGUGUUAAGUCCAUCCGGUCUGUUGUUGCCGUCAUCCCGAUGAUGGAACUGUUGGGCGAGGAGUGCGAAGUCCAACGGUUCUUUGUUGCGGAGAAACCAGGAAUGGAAUGGGAUCUUAUGUCUGACCAGAUUGAAGCCCUAACCGCGGUCUGA